AUGGUGCGCUUCUGGGUUGACGGUAUUGAGGUUUUUUUCCCGUAUCCUCAGAUUUACCCGGAGCAGCUGGCCUAUUUGCGCAGUCUGAAGAGCACUUUGGAUGCGCAAGGCCACGCUGUUCUGGAGAUGCCAACUGGGACGGGCAAAACAGUGGCGCUGUUUAGCCUGAUCACGAGCUAUCAGCUUGCCAGGCCUGAGAUCGGUCGUUUGAUUUAUUGCACCCGUACCAUUCCAGAGAUGGAGAAAUCGCUACUGGAGUUAAAGCAGGUGAUCAAAUAUCGCAAUGAGGAGUUAGCGAAGGACCGUGCUGCUCGUUCAAAGGCUGCGGUGACCAACGGGGAGUCUUCUGCCGUUUCCGUCCCAGAACCAGUCAUGGCAGAUAAGAAAAGCGGCCACGACAUGACGUCACUGUGGCGCCGUAUAAACUACGAAGAGGAUGGAACGACGACAUAUCGCGAGUAUACUAUGCAAUACGAGGGUACGGGUACGCGUGGGAUGCCCACUGCCCCGGUCGUGCGCCAGUCCGCCGUGGAGGAGGUGCAAGACAUAGAACACUACGCAUCGAAGGGGCUGUGCGGGUACUACGAGCAUCUGGAACGCAUAUGGAAUCCGACCAUGAUACCUUCCGGUGUAUACACGCUUGAGGGUUUGAAGGAACACUGCAGCACAUUCAGGCAUCCUGUCACGGGUGUAUCAGUCCCCAUUUGCCCGUACUUCGCGGUACGAAGGGCACUUGACAUGGCUAACGUGGUUGUUCUGAAUUACCAAUAUCUGUUGGACCCCAAGGUUUCUGAAGCGGCCUUUUCGCACCUGUACUCGACGUCGCCUACAGACAUGAGCAAGCAUAAAGACGAGAAACCGGACCCCAAACGUGAAAAGAAGUCCAAAUUGCCCAUAGUGGUGGUCUUCGACGAGGCCCACAACAUCGACAAUGUCUGCAUCGAGGCGAUGAGCGUUGAGCUCAACGAUGACACUCUGGACGAGGCAUUCUGCAACAUCGCGAAGAUCGAGGACAAUGUCCGCCAACUGCGCGAGCGUGACGAAAACCUACUUAUGGAGGAGUAUCGCAAGCUGGCUGAAAACAUUCGCGAGAGCUCAAUUGACAUUGAGGGUUACAUGUGCCCCGUGCUACCCGCCGACGUGCUGCAGAAGGCGGUUCCUGGCAACAUACGCCAAGCCGAACACUUCAUAUCGUUUUUAAAGGUCGUGGUGGGAUAUUUGAAGCACUACAUCAAGGUGCAAGAGCCGAAGUCUGAGGGCCCGCUCAUGUUUUUGCAUAGGUUCGAAAUAGAGACGGGGAUUGGCAGCAUCACCAUGCAGCACACAUACAGCCGUAUGAAGUCCCUCCUGAACACGCUGAAGAUAACUGCCGUUGGCGACCUGUCAGCAAUCCAAUUGGUGGUUGACUUUUGUACCUUGGUAGGCACAUAUUCCACCGGUUUCAUUGUGAUAGUGGAACCCUAUCCCCAGGGAUCGUUAUACGAACCUCUUUUACAGUUCAGCUGCUUGGACGCGUCAAUCGCCAUGCAACCCGUGGUGGACAACUUCCAGUCCGUGAUUUUGACAUCUGGUACGAUUUCGCCGUUGGAAAUGUACCCCAAAAUUCUGAACUUCACCCCGGUACUCACGCAAUCGCUCCCCAUGUCACUGGACCGUGAUUGCUUGUGCCCUCUGAUAGUAUCGAAGGGCGCCAACCAGUUGCAGAUGUCAACGAAGUUCGACCUCCGUAAUGACGUGACCGUGCUCCGCAAUUACGGCAACCUUCUAAUUGAGCUGUGCAAGAACAUACCUGACGGCGUGGUUUGUUUCUUUCCGAGUUACGCGUACAUGGAGCUCAUCGUGUCCCACUGGUAUGAAUGCGGUAUCAUCGCCACGAUUAUGGAGCACAAGUUAAUAUUCAUGGAGACCAAAGACGUCGUCACGACGACGUUAGCCCUCCACAACUAUCGCAAGGCUUGUGACGUGGGCAGAGGCGGCCUCUUCCUGUCCAUUUGUCGUGGAAAGGUGGCCGAGGGUAUCGACUUCGAUCGUCACUACGGGCGUUGUGUGGUCCUCAUUGGCGUGCCGUUCCAGUACACCCUGUCCCGCGUUCUGAAGGCCCGCCUCGAUUUCAUGAGGACCAACUACGGCAUUCUGGAGAACGAGUUCAUGACAUUCGACGCCAUGCGGCAGGCCGCGCAGUGCGUCGGCCGCAUUAUCCGCAACAAGAGCGACUUCGGCCUUAUGAUCUUCGCCGACUCGCGCUACAGCCGCGCUGACAAGCGUUCGAAGUUGCCUCCGUGGAUUCUUAAGAACCUGGAGCCGUGCAACAUGUCACUGACCACGGAGAGCGCGGUCACGGCGGCGAAGUCGAUGCUGCGCAAUAUGGCUCAGGACUACGUACCCAACGUUUACACGCGGUUCGACCAGGAUAUGGUGAGCGACGAGGCCAUAUGGUGGUCGUCCGUACAGAACGUCCUGCGGCUGAGCAAAUACUAA